AUGGAUAGGGAUAUGAGCGAUAUCUCAAGCCAGACUAGCACACAGCCUUCAACGGCUGAUGUAGCCCCUCCUGUGGCCAAAUCUCAGGGCAGUUUGCUGCACAAGCUGCUACAUGAGGAUCACUUCAUAGACGACAUCUUGGCGAAUAGCCGUAAAAGCUUUGCUAAAUUACAAUCGAGUUCAGGUGUGAGCGCCGCCAAUAGGAAAAAAGGCGUGGUUGUACACGCACAGCCACGCAACCUUGUUGGUACUGCCAAACCAUACCAAUUGGAAGGUUUACGAUGGCUGGUAGGAUUAUAUGAUCGCAAUAUGAACGGCAUUUUGGCUGACGAAAUGGGUUUAGGUAAAACAUUUCAAACCAUUAGUCUUUUGGCAUAUUUGAAGGAGAGUCGCGGCAUUAACGGUCUCCAUCUCAUCCUCGCCCCUAAAUCGACUAUUGGCAACUGGAUCAGCGAGAUUAACCGUUUUUGUCCCGAUCUGCGUGUCCUGAAGUUUAUUGGCAACAAGGAAGAGCGCAACUACAUGAUGUCCCACGAGUUGGAUCCGUCCAAGUAUGACAUCAUCGUGACAUCCUACGAAACUUGUUGCAAGACUAAGAAUGCACUUGCAAAACUUGCAUUCCACUAUAUCGUCAUUGACGAGGCGCAUCGUAUCAAGAACGAAGAGUCGAAGCUAAGUGAAGUUGUGCGUCUUUUCCACACAGAGUAUCGUUUGCUAAUCACGGGUACUCCAUUGCAGAACAAUUUGAAGGAGUUGUGGGCGUUGCUUAAUUUCCUUUUUCCUGAGGUUUUCGCAUCAGCUGAAGAGUUUGAGAUGGAAUUUGAUUUGGUCGGUCCUAAAGAAUUGUCCCAGGAAGAGCGUGAAGCUCGCAACUUGGGUAUUAUAGCUCGUCUACAUGAGAUUUUGCGUCCUUUCAUGUUACGUCGUUCGAAAAAGGACGUGUUGAAGGACAUGCCACCGAAGAACGAGUUGCUAUUAAUGAUUCCUUUGAGCGCUAUGCAAAAGCGUCUGUACAAGGACCUUCUGCGCAGGAAUGUACCCGAGCUUGGUGCGGAGGACAGCCACGGGUCCGUUGUAAAGGUACAAUUGCUGAACUUGGCCAUGCAACUUCGCAAGGCGUGUAAUCACCCGUAUCUUUUUGAGGGUUGGGAAGACCGUAGCGCCGACCCUUUUGGUGAGCAUCUCGUUGAGAACGCUGGUAAGCUGAAUGUGGUGGAUAAGUUGUUAAACCGACUUCUGAAGGCUAAUUCCCGCGUUCUCAUUUUUUCAUUGAUGGCUCGUAUGUUAGACAUUUUGGAGGAUUAUUGUCGUAUGCGUGGUUACUUGUACUUCCGUAUUGACGGUAACACUUCCGGUGAGGAUCGUGACAAUCAAAUAUCUUCUUUCAAUGACCCCAACAGUGAUGUGAGUAUAUUUUUGCUUUCCACUCGUGCUGGUGGUCUUGGAAUUAACCUGGCUACAGCCGAUGUGGUGAUUCUGUAUGACAGCGACUGGAACCCUCAGGUCGACCUGCAAGCUAUUGACCGUGCUCACCGUAUUGGUCAGAUGAAACCUGUUCACGUGUAUCGUUUGGUUCAUGAAUACACUAUUGAGGAGAAGAUUAUAGAGCGUGCGACGAUUAAGUUACAGUUAGACUCCGCUGUUAUUCAGAGUGGUCGCUUGGGUCAGAAGGAGCUUUUGGAGAUGGUACAAUUUGGUGCUGGCCACGUUUUCAAGGCUGGUGACGAGGAGAUUACUGAAGCCGAUCUUGAUGCUAUUUUGAGCAAGGGUCAAGAACGAGCGAGCAUGCUUAAUGACAAGUUGCAGGCGCACACACGAAAGGCUUUGUUAGACUUUUCCACAACUCCUAAUACCCAGCAGUUGUAUGAAUACGAGGCACCUGAAGGUGAGGUGCAAACUCUUGACCAACAGACAUGGGCUGAGCUUACAGCUAUGCGUUAUCAGGAUGAGAAUGUACAUGAGCGUGACGUCCGCCGUCGCAUGCGUAUGACUGCUGCCAGGUUGGCUGACACAGAUACUGGUCGUUCCAGUGCUCGUUACACCAAGAGUGUAACGCUCCAGGAUUGGCAAUUCUUUAACAAGGCUGAGCUCACUAGGUUGGAGCAGCUUGAGAUGGAGCUUGGUGAUCUGGAUGAUGAAAUGCGUGAGAAACGUGACCAGCUUCUAUCUGAAGGCUUUGGAGACUGGAACAAGCGACAUUUUGGUUCCUUUAUCAAGGCUAACGCACUAUAUAGUCGUUACGAUGUCGAUUCCAUAGCUUCUAGCAUCAAAGACAAGAGUCCAGAGGAGGUGAAGCGUUACAUCAAGGUAUUCUGGGAGCGUUACACCGAGAUUGCUGACUGGGGAAAGUAUAUAAAGCGUAUAGAGCAGGGGGAAGAGGUCCUUCUGAAGCGCAACCAGUUACAUCAAAUGGUUGUAGCCAAGCAGGCUACUCUGACAAAUCCAUGGGUCGGUACUGAUCCUCUGUUUGCUGCUCAUCGAGGAAAAUGUCCAUUCACUGAGGACCAAGAUCGGUGGAUGAUGAAUGUGAUUGCACUAAUGGGUUAUGAUAUGUGGGACGAUAUUGUGGAGCUUUCACGUCUAGACCCCCGUUGGCAGUUCGAUAUAUUCUUCCGUACCCGCACUCCCAACGAAUUUGCCAAGCGUUCAGAUUACAUCAUAAAGCAUAUCGCAAAAGAGGAAGAUGAUGGAGAUUGGAUUUUAGUGCCCGGCAAGCGCGUUUCUCGUCGUUUGGAUGUACGGGUUCCUCGGAAUGUCGUUGUCGAUUCCGAGGUCUGCCGAUGCACACGGGAACGCGUGAUUCGCACUGUAUCUGAUGCCGUUGAUAACGCACGUGCCUUUUUGGCACCGUUGUUAAAAAAAUUACGGCCAUACCUAGGCUGCGGGUCUCCAUCCCGCAUCGUGGCUCUAGGUAUGGGUUCGCCCACGGCUCUCACCUUGCCUCUGACGCGUUCAUUUUGCUAUCAGAUGGCAGUUUGUCUUAUCAUCCGUGAGUUGUUUGGGGUGAGCCGUGUGGAUGUGUUUGAUCCUAUAAUGGAUGCGAAUGACAUUGAAGUUUGCCGCUGGCUUCUAUCAGAUUUCCAACCGCCUGUCUCCGGUUUGGUUGCUAUCUGUAGUGCCGGUUACCCGGAUGAUGAGGGGACAUCUAAAGCUGAUGUUUCACGUGUACUGCUCUGGAUGCCUCACUGCGAGGCGGCAUUGUACAAAACUGUCUUGUUGGCAAUUGAAGAAGGUGAAGACCCUUUGAUUGCGGCAAAAAUGUUGGCAGGUGCCGAGCACCUGGAACAGCCCGUAUGUUACGAAUUGCGGAAUGUGGUACUUGUGGGAAACUCCAUAACACAACCGGGCGUCUGA